AUGCCUGACUUCAAGAUCUCGUCCUCUCUUGAGGGUCAUGGCGAUGAUGUUCGCGCCGUGGCCUUCCCUAACCCAAAUGUGGUCCUAUCUGCUUCCCGUGAUGCCACUGUUCGACUUUGGAAGCUUGUUUCAAGUCCACCCCCCGCCUACGAUUACACUAUCACAGCACAUGGCCAAGCAUUCAUUAACAGUCUAGCUUACCUACCACCAUCACCCGAGUACCCCGAGGGUCUCAUUUUAUCUGGCGGUCAAGACACGAUCAUCGAAGCUCGACAGCCCGGAAAGACUACAGACGAUAAUGCCGAUGCAAUGCUCCUGGGCCAUGCCCACAAUAUCUGUGCCCUAGAUGUCUCUCCGGAUGGACAGUGGAUUGUCAGUGGUAGCUGGGACUCGACAGCCCGCCUCUGGAAGGUUGGCAAAUGGGAAGCUGAUGUCGUCUUGGAUGGACACGAAGCCAGUGUAUGGGCCGUGCUGGCUUAUGAUCAGAAUACUAUUAUUACCGGCUGCGCCGACCAUAUGAUUCGCGUAUUCAACACAUCGGGGACGCUUCUAGGUAGUGUCAAAAAUUCAAAUGACGUCGUUCGAGCCCUAUGCAAGGUUCCUACGUCAAACCCGACAGGAGCACAAUUUGCGUCAGCUAGCAACGAUGGAGUAAUUCGCUUAUACACACUUAAGGGUGAUCUAGUCGCCUCCCUACAUGGUCACGAAAGCUUUGUUUACUCGCUUGCAGCCCUACCAUCUGGUGAGCUUGUCAGUGCGGGUGAAGAUAGAACUGUUCGUGUCUGGAAUGGAACCCAGUGUGUCCAAACAAUUACCCAUCCUGCUAUUUCGGUAUGGAGUGUAGCAGCAUGUCAGCAGAAUGGUGAUAUCGUCACCGGUGCCAGCGACCGCAUUACUCGCGUCUUCAGCAGAAGCCCAGAGCGUCACGCCGCGGCGGAAGUUAUUCAAAAUUUUGAUGAUGCCGUCAAAGGAUCAUCUAUUCCCGCAGAACAAGUUGGGAAGGUGAACAAAGAGCAAUUGCCCGGUCCAGAAUUCCUGCAACAUAAAUCAGGAACGAAGGAAGGCCAAGUACAGAUGAUUCGCGAGGCAGAUGGUAGCGUGACAGCUCAUACCUGGUCAUCUGCAACCCAAGAAUGGAUCGCUGUGGGCACAGUGGUUGAAUCAGCUGGUAGCAGUGGUCGGAAGACAGAAUAUCUGGGACAGGAUUAUGAUUAUGUCUUUGAUGUGGAUAUCGAGGACGGCAAGCCUCCGCUCAAACUGCCUUACAAUGUCUCCCAAAAUCCUUACGAAGCUGCCACCAAAUUUAUUGGGGAUAAUGAACUUCCUGUUUCAUACUUGGACCAGGUUGCAAACUUCAUUACACAGAACACACAAGGCGCUACUCUUGGCCAAUCUCAGGCUCCGGCGGGCGCUGAUCCCUGGGGCUCGGAGCGAAGAUAUCGCCCAGGUGACAGUGAAACAGCUGAAAAUGCGCCGCCACCCGCUCCCGAACCACGCGCUCAGGUCCUGCCCCAAAAGACCUAUCUAUCGAUCAGAAGUACAAAUAUCAAGGUCAUUACAAAGAAAGUACAGGAACUGAAUGAGAAGGUUCUAGCUGAGGCAGGCAAAGACGUUGCACUCGACCCAACAGAAGUCGAUGCUGUCAUCGCCCUAUGCAAUCAACUAGAAUCCUCCCAGAAGCUUGCCGACUCACCCGUCGUCGAAUCUGGUGUUCCCUUAAUUUACAGAAUUGCAACUGCGUGGCCUGUUGCUAACAGAGUUCCCGGGCUGGAUCUAUUGCGUCUGCUUGCUGCUGCUGCGCCUUUUACUGCAUCCAACGAAUACAGUGGCGACAACCUCGUAUCGGGUAUCAUCGCUAGCGGUGUCUUUGAGGCACCUCUCCAUGUAAACAAUGCUAUGCUUACGGUUCGAAUGCUUGCCAACCUUUUCGAGACCGAGGCAGGUCAAAACUUGGCCAUAAACACAUUCGACCAGAUCAUGUCCGGUGUGAAAUCAGCCUUGACUAAUAGCGCAGAAUCGCCAAACCGUAACCUCACCAUCGCUGUUACGACAUUGCACAUCAACUUUGCCGUGUACAUUACCUCGGGGGACAGAGCACAGACACCCGAAUCUGCAGAGCGCGGCUUGGUGCUUCUUGAAGAAUUGGCGAAGACUGUCUCUGGAGAGAACGAUUCUGAAGCCGUCUAUCGGGGACUUGUUGCCUUGGGAACGUUGGUCAAAUCUUUGGGUGAAGAGGUGAAGAGUGCUGCAAAGGAAAUUUACGAAAUCAAUGCGGUCCUCAACCGAGUCUCUGGAUCUGGCCCUGGAAAAGAACCGAGAGUCAAGGGCAUUAUUGAGGAGAUUCAACAGACUCUCCAAUAA